AUGACUCACGCCGACGUUGAAUAUGAUUACGAGGCUCUGCCUGAGAACUCCUCCGUCACUGCAAGUCUUAUGGCUGGCGCUCUUGCUGGCAUUGCAGAGCAUGCUGUUAUGUACCCUGUCGACUCGAUCAAGACUCGUAUGCAGAUUCUACAGCCUACACCUCAGGCUGUUUACAGUGGUGUCAUUAACGCUGCUUCAAGGAUUUCUACGACUGAAGGUGCCCGGACUCUUUGGAGGGGAGUCAACUCUGUGAUCUUAGGUGCGGGCCCUGCUCAUGCUCUUUAUUUCGCUACAUAUGAGUCUGCUAAAGAGUCCUUUGGCGGAAAUGCAGCUGGACAUCAUCUUUUUGCAGCAGCUGCUGCUGGUGCAUGUGCGACCACUGCUCACGAUGCUCUGAUGAAUCCAUUUGACGUGAUUAAACAGAGAAUGCAGGUCCACGGGUCUGUAUACAGGAGUGUCCUUGACUGUGCAAGUAAGGUUUAUCGGACCGAGGGCUUGCGUGCCUUCUAUAUCUCAUAUCCUACAACCUUGACCAUGACUAUCCCCUUUCAAUCGAUUCAAUUUGCUACCUAUGAAUAUCUGCGUAAGAUCCUCAACCCUUCAGGAGGCUACGACCCCAUGACUCAUAUCAUGGCUGGAGGUGUUGCUGGCGCUGUUGCCGCUGCUGCCACCACUCCGCUUGAUGUCGCCAAGACUUUGCUUCAGACUCGUGGAGAAUCCCGAGAUCUGAGGAUAAGGAAUUGCAAUGGCCUCUUUGAGGCUUGGAGGUUGAUUUACCAACGUCAAGGUCUUGCUGGAUUUGCCAAGGGUCUCCAACCCCGUGUACUAAGCCAUAUGCCCUCGACAGCAAUUUGCUGGAGUGUGUACGAAUAUGGAAAGUUUUUGCUCAGACGUGACAGUUUGGACAAGCAACCCAUCAUGGCCUAG